UUCAUUUGUGCACCGACCGCCGAAGCAGUGAGUCGUACGUUUCACCGUCCCAACAGAACUAAUACCGGGCCGUUAGCUAUUUCUGUGUCUACAAGAAACUACUACUACUCCCUCGUGUUGCGCUUUGCGCUGCAUUAUCAACAGUGCAUUAUUUGUGAUUGUAAGUGUAUGUGUGUGAGUGUGUGUGAGGCAAAGUGUUUGUUUUGUGUUUGAUUUGAAGCGAUAUUGCUUCCCUCGAUUGUGCGCCAAGUCACACAGGGCGCGCCUUGCGUUACGCGGCUUGGCGCAGCUUGCAGCACAGAUUAACUGUGCUCACGUGUCCAUAAGUGAAGCAUCUUAACAACGGGUGCGACGUAAGAGAAGGAAUGAAGUGUUUGACGCGUUGCGUCCUCUGCCGAGUGACGAAACUAUGAAGUGUUGUGCGUUUGCAGUGGAAACAGUGUGCAAGCUAGAAUUCUCCAGUGCCGAGUGGAAGGACACGCACGGUGUCUAGCGGUGUUUAGCAGCGAAUUAGCGAAUUUCAUUAGCACCAAGAUGGUGGGCCGACCAGCGACUGUGAUAUUAAGCGUUAUGCUCCUCGCUGUCUGCAGUGUGUUCCAGCGUUCGGCGACAUUCGUUAGUGCGCUCGACGAGGGUCAUAUUGUGCGUGAGCAGGACGCCGCCAAUGCACACGGUGCACCGGAAAUCGACACUGUCGAGGAGGAGAUCGUACUACCGAAGGGUGCUAGCUGGAACUUUACCUGUAAAUCCGCCCAGCCGAUCUUGUGGAAAAGCUAUGCCGCAUCGUUCCACUGGGAACCACCUAACGUGUACCCUGUGGACUUUGAAACGGAAGAUCCCGACAAACCGUACGGUAGCGUGCUGAUGCUAACGGACGCGUCAGCCAAACAGGUCGGCCGGUACUACUGCAUCAACGUUGCUUCGUACGACGAGGAGCGCGAGGAUGAGCUGGACGAUAUGGUGGCCGAAUAUCUAGCCUCCACCGUGUACGUGUAUGUGAACGAUCCGGAGCAUCCGCUCGUGCCGGUAUCGUCGCCAGUGUUUCGCGUCCAGCAGUACGAUGACUUUGUCAUCCCGUGCAAACCUUCGCACCCGGAAGUGGAGGUGGAGCUGUACAACGAUCUCGAAGGGAAUUUGGUUGAAACCUAUGAGUACAGUAAUACCCAAGGAUACAAACUAAGCUUUAACAGGCUGGAGGAAGGUGGUUUCUACUACUGCCAGGUGAAAGAUAAACCCGACCAUCGCAUAGACUUUGAAGUAACAAUCAUCGAACACUACGAUUCUGAAGAAGCAUUAACCGAGUACUUAACGAAACCGUCGAUCCAUAGCGAUACGAAAGAUCACGUACCGCUCGGUCAGCGAAUCCGGCUCGUCUGCAAGGUGAACAUCCGGGCCGGCGUUAACCUGGACAUGAUUUGGAAGGUUCCGCCGAAUCUCAAUCCAGCCGUUAGGGACGCAAGAGUAAGGUUAGGAUCGUUGAAGCUGAAUCCGGUGAAAGACGCCGCUCACCGGGAGAUCGCCUCCCGGGAGCUCAUCAUCGAGCGGGCAACGAUGGCCGACGAUGGCACGUACCGGUGCGAGGUGAUGGAUGUGAACGGUCACCGGAACUAUCACAGCUUCAAGCUGCACGUGCACGAUUCCGGCGACGACUAUGUGAUGUUGCGCGAGGAGAACAAUCUCGACGACAUUAACGUGCGGCGCAAUGCGAACGGCAAAACGGCACCGAUCGACAUCGUGAUCGAGUACCGAUCGUACCCGGCUAACAUUACGUACUACUGGUUGAAGGAUGACGAUAUCGAGGUGAUGGCUGGCCAUCACGGCAAGUACGAGCUGACGCACAGUGAGACGGUCGUGAAGCUGCGCAUCAACGAUCCGUCGGUGACCGAUACCGGCAACUACACGUUGUUCGUGCUGGCUGGCAAUGCGGAAAAGUCACACCGCAUCGGGGUGUACGUUUACGCCAAACCGAUCGUUCACAUGGAGAGCAAGUUUGUAAAACCGAACGAAGAGGUCUCGUUCACGUGCCGAAGCAUCGGCUAUCCAAGGCCGGAAAUUUCGUUUAUGUUUCUUCCCUGUCUGGAGGUGCCCUGGAGGAAUUGUUCCGCAUCAAGGACCAAUAAGGACAAAUGGGACUCCUCGAGCCCGGCUAUCAGUUCGGAGUCGUCCGCAAGACUGACCCCCGGUGGUAAAGGCGAAACCCCAAUCGCAAAGUCACGGGUCUACACUCUUACGCCCAAACAGCCGGGUGUGGUGUACUGUCGCGCUACCAACCUGGAGGGCAGCGAAAUAACGGAAGCCGAUCUGCUCGUCAGCGAUCUGUCCGACUCGGUAACGCUGGAAAAGGAGCGACCGAAGGAAGCGAUCACCGUCGGCGAUCAUGUCACGAUCGUCUGCUCAGCGCUAGUGUACAACUACACCAAAGACAUAACGUUCGUGCACAACGAUAAAGAGCUGCAAGAGUCGGACGGUGUGCGGCAUGACUACUCACCGGAGCUGUAUGCCUGGCAGGCACGGCUUGACAUCGCACACGUGGCGACCGAACACGAAGGCCCAAUAUACUGUCGAGCGAAAACCCUGACCGGUGCGGUAGAAAGUCGUGCCUUCCACGUGGAGGUGCUGGAACCGGUCGCACCGAUGCUUGUUUCGGGCAAGAGUAAUGAGAGCCUGUCGGUUGAUUUGCACGAUCCGCUGAAGCUGGAGUGUGACAUCGUCGGUACGCCCGAUCCCAAGAUCGUUUGGCUAAAGGAUGGCGAACCGGUAAGGCCAGACGAGAACAGCAAUCGGGUGCAGCUCACCAAAACGACACUCAUCUUCGAGUACCUGAAGACGGACGAUCUGGGAAUGUUCGAGUGCCGGGCGGAGAACAAGAUGGGCACGAUCGAGAAGUACUGGAAGGUGGAUGUGCGAACUGCCGUUGUGAGGAAAUCGGUCAUCUACAUCAUUUUGUCCCUCCUGCUGGUGCUAAUCGUCGGUAUCGUGCUAGUGUCGCUGUUCUACUGCCGGAAGAAGAAGGAAGUGAAAGCGAUGAAGGAAGCGGGCAUUGUCAACUUUGAGGAAGGUAAUCUGGGCGUAUACAAUCCCGAACUGGCGCUGGACGAACAGGCCGACCUGUUGCCGUACAAUUCCGAGUACGAAUUCCCCAAGGAGCGGCUCAAGCUGGGCAAGCAGCUCGGCACUGGUGCGUUCGGUGUGGUGAUGAAGGCCACCGCCCAACGCAUUAUGGUGAACGAGGACGAGACGACGGUCGCCGUGAAGAUGGUGAAAAAGCAAACGGACAAUGAGGUGAUGCGGGCGCUCGUUUCGGAGCUAAAGAUCAUGGUCCAUCUCGGGCAGCACUUGAAUGUGGUGAAUCUGCUUGGUGCGGUUACGAAAAACAUUGCCAAACGUGAAUUGAUGGUGAUUGUUGAGUACUGCAGGUUUGGCAAUGUGCAAAACUUCCUGCUCAAACAUCGGCCACACUUUAUCGACCAGAUUAACCAGGAGACGGGUGAGAUCGAUUCGUCGAUCGACAAGAAUCAGCUACGGUGGUCCAAGUGUGGAUAUCAGUAUAAUAGCGGCUCGACGCAGUACGUUGAUCCGAAGAAGCACCUAAACUCAAAGGGCUAUGUGCGCCACUCCGGGCUGCAAAACAUGGGCAUGGUCGAUAGUUGUAACACGGAAGUGACCGCCAUGACAUCGGUUGAAGUGGAAGACUUGAACUCGGUCAACUCGAAUGAGCCGCUAUGGCGCUCCAACUACGGCAUGGAUUACAAGGGGCCGGCACGCACCGUCAACACGACCGAUCUGGUCUGCUGGGCAUCACAGAUUGCCUGCGGCAUGGAGUAUCUGGCAUCGCGCAAGGUACUGCACGGUGAUCUGGCCGCCCGUAAUAUACUGCUGUGCGAUGACAAUGUGGUGAAGAUCUGUGACUUCGGGUUGGCUCGAUCGAUGUACAAGAGCGACAAUUACAAGAAGAAGGGUGAAGCACCGCUACCCUUCAAGUGGCUUGCGCUGGAAUGCAUUGGCGACAAUGUGUUCAGCACGUACUCGGACGUGUGGGCUUACGGUAUAGUGCUGUGGGAGCUGUUUUCACUCGGCAAAGUGCCUUACCCAGGGAUGGAGGCGAACCAGGAGCUGUACAAUAAGCUGCGCGAUGGCUACCGGAUGGAUAAGCCACAGUACUCGAACCAAGACAUUUACGAUAUUAUGCUGAACUGCUGGAACGUGAAGCCUGAUUCACGACCAUCGUUUAAGGAUCUGAAGAGCAGGUUUAAUGCAAUGCUUCCGGAUGAUAUGCGAGAUCACUAUCUCGAACUGAAUGAGCCAUACCUACAAAUGAAUGCCGAAAAGAUGGAACGAGGUGAUACCGAUUACCUGGCUAAUCUUGGUCCUCCAGAAGAACCAGCACCAGCGGCACCAAACUAUGUAAAUGGCAUCAUUUUACCUCUUCCACCGAUUUCGGAGAUUCGUAACGACAAGGACUACCUGAAGAUGUCCCGCACAAAGUCCGAGUCGGAGGAGAGCAACUUUGACUUUGCCUCGUUCAACAGCGAUCGCCAUUCGCCCACGAUACGCAACAAUCUCGACACUAGUCCGCCCAACGGCAGCAAACGGCACAAGAAGCGGGGCCUGCCGGAGGAAAUCCCCAUGCUCGAUGGGAACCGGUUAUCAUCCACGGCGAACGGGUUCAACUCCGAUUCCGAAACGGAACCGGUCAGUCCGAAACCGCGCGAACGCACAAGCAAGCACAACCCGGAGCCGGAGUAUAUAAACGUGAAAGGAAGUAAGGUUGGUGGUGUUGGACGAGCACCGCUGUGUGACGACGAGCUGAGCCAGGAAGCGAUCAGCAAUCCGGGCUACAUUGCGCUCAGUAUGGUGGAUGAGAAGCGGUGUUAGUGAUAGUACUGCAAGUACGGUUAGCCAUUUUGUAAGGCAAAUCAUCCUUCCUGGCGGUGGUCCAUUUUUAGUCUUGCAAUCGAUUUGCGCUCGCCAGGCAGUGAAACCUGGCCACACUUUAACGUUGAAGAACUUAAUACUUAAGAAAUUAGCCUAUGAACACAAAACUCCAACCCUCAUACGAAAGAAAGGAGCAUAGCUUACAU